GCUCGUGCUAAUUCAAUUUUUCAGCUGUAAAACUUUUAAAAUAAAUUAUUAUUAAAUAAAUUAAGAUAACUCGGUCAUGGCACACCUGCGGGAAACCUCGGACAAGGCGCUAAAGCUGUUGCGCACCUUGCCGCGCGUGCAGAUCGGCAAUCUACGGCCGAAUCCCAACUCAAAACAAAAUGACAAGCGUGGCAGGGCGCAGCACGGGGGCGACAAGCACGGAGCGGGAAACAAGGGAUCCGGUCAGCGGCAGAACUUCAUGCGGCUGGGCUACGAGACGGGCAAUCAGCCCUUCUACCUGCGGUUCCCCUAUGAGCCCUACUACAAGGGACACCACCUGAAGCGCCAGUAUCCGCCCAUUUCGCUGCUCCAGCUGCAGGUGCUGAUCGACACGAACCGCAUAGACAUCAGCCAGCCCACCGACAUCAGCACGCUAUGCAAUUCCGGCCUCCUCAAGCUGAAGCCCUCGGAAAUGGAGUACGGUUUCCAGCUGACGGACGACGGACUGGACAACUUCCAGGCCAAGAUCAACAUUGAGGUGCAGCACGCCAGCGAAGCGGUCAUAGCGGCCAUAGAAAAGAACGGCGGAGUGAUACGCACAGCCUACUACGAUCCACGCAGCCUGCACAUGUUGGCCAAUCCGAAGAAGUGGUUCGAAAAGGGAGUGCCCAUUCCCAGCAGGAUGCUGCCGCCUCAGGAUGCCGUCGACUACUAUACGAAUCCGAAGAAUCGCGGCUACCUGGCCAAUCCCGAGGAGAUCAGCCAGGAUCGACUGGUUUUGGCCCAGAAAUACGGCUACCAGCUGCCGAAAAUCGAAGAUGAUUCCGCCUACGAGAUGCUCACCACUGCCAAGGAUCCCAGGCAAGUAUUCUAUGGCCUGGAACCCGGCUGGCUGAUCAACAUCGUGGAUAAGACAAUCGUCAAGCGGAAGCAAUAAUCAGUCGAGUUUGUUACUAUGCAUUUUGUUAAAUAAAGAAGGGGAUUACAAAAAGC